AUGGACUCCGAUCCCAUGGACGAAUCCGUAUUUAGCCUGGGCGAGGAGUCCGACGGUUUUGUCCCAGAAAAGGCAAGUCAUCUGCGUGCUCAAUUCACCACGCCAGAUCCGAGUAAGGUUAAGCCCGCUGCCGCCAAGAAGAUGGUGCAGCCAACCUUGAAGGCCAAACCUGCGGCCAAAAAGCGCCAGAAACCCGACAGCGACGACGACUCCUCCGUGGCUGAGGCUUCUGGCUUUUCCAACACGCCCCCGAGUUCCAAGAAGCAGAAGAAGGCCCCGCCAGCCAAAAAGGCCACCGGAAAGCCGUUGGCGGAACUCGAGAAUGAUAGCAUGGUCAUGGAUGCUCCCUCGAAGCCCAAGACGAACAAGACUGCCACCGAGACGUAUCAAAAGCUCACCCAGCUCGAACACAUCAUCAAGCGCCCGGACACCUACAUCGGGUCCGUCGAAAAGACUGAUCAGCAAAUGUGGAUCUUCAACAAGACGACGUCCCAGAUGGAAUAUCGUAACAUCACCUAUGUGCCUGGCUUCUACAAGAUUUUCGACGAAAUCCUGGUCAACGCCGCAGACAACAAGCAGCGUGACAAGUCGAUGACGGCCAUCAAGGUCAACAUCAACCGAGAGUCGGGAGAGAUAAGCGUGGAAAAUAACGGCAAGGGUAUCCCAAUCGUCAUUCACGAAAAGGAAAAGAUUUACAUCCCCGAACUCAUCUUCGGCCAUCUCUUGGCCGGUUCCAACUUUGACGACAACGAGCAAAAGACCGUCGGUGGCCGUAACGGAUACGGCGCCAAGCUGUGCAACGUCUUCAGUACCGAAUUCACCCUCGAGUGCCAGGACAGCGAGCACGGCAAAAAAUACAAGCAGACGUGGACGCAGAACAUGCAGAAGAUGCACAAGGCCAAGAUCACUUCGGGCAAAUCUGCAGACUUUGUCCGCGUCACCUUCAAGCCCGAUUAUGACCGCUUCGGAAUGCCCGAGGGCAUCAGCGACGACCUAGAGGCACUUCUGUACCGAAGGGUGUACGACAUGGCCGGCACGAUCCGCGGCGUUAAGGUUCAUCUCAACGGGGAGCAGAUCAAGCUCAAGGACUUCAAGGCAUACUGCGAUCUGUAUGCUAAAUCGAUUGCCUCUGAGAGGAGCAUGGAGGAGGGUGGUGCACCCACGUGCACCGUCGAGAUUGACAAGGACAAGACCCAUCCUCGCUGGGAGGUUGGCUUUACUGUCUCCGACGGCACGUUUCAGCAAGUGUCGUUUGUCAACUCCAUCGCAACGACCUCGGGCGGCACGCAUGUCAACUACAUCGCCGACCAGAUCACGGGUUCACUGCUCAAGGCUCUCAACAAGAAGCAAAAGGGGCACAGUUUGAAACAGACUCAUCUCCGCAACCACAUCUUUAUCUUCGUCAACUGCCUGGUCAACAAUCCCGCCUUUACUUCGCAGACAAAAGAGCAACUCACGACCAAGGCGACCCAGUUUGGUAGCAGAUGCACGCUUGGUGAGGACUUCCUCAAAAAGAUCGCCAGGUCGGAGGCACUGGAGAACAUCAUGGAGUUUGCCCAGAAAAAGGCCGACAAGAUGAUGUCCAAAAGCGACGGUAGCAAGCGCUCGAGGGUCAGCAACGCCAAGCUUGUCGAAGCCAAUCUUGCGGGUACGAGGCGUGGCCACGAGUGCACGCUCAUCUUGACGGAAGGUGAUUCCGCCAAGGGCCUGGCUGUUUCUGGGCGAGCCAUUCUCGACCCCGACCGUAUCGGCGUGUUCCCACUUCGUGGAAAGCUGCUCAACGUCCGAGACGCGUCGAUUGAUCAGAUCACCAAGAACCAGGAGAUCCAAAACAUCAAGCAGUUCCUGGGGCUGAAGCACAAGCAGGUGUACACAGACACCAAGAGCCUUCGCUACGGUCACCUCAUGGUCAUGGCCGAUCAAGACCACGACGGUAGCCACAUCAAGGGCCUCCUCAUCAACUUCCUCCAGGUUCAGUUUCCCUCGCUGCUCCAGAUCCCCGAGUUCUUCCGUGAGUUCAUCACGCCCAUCGUGAAGGUCUGGCAGGGCCCCAACCCAAAGAAGCCCACCAAGUUGAAGUCGUUCUUCACACAGCCUCAAUACGAAGAAUGGAAGGAAGCUCACAAGGCUGAGAUCUCCCGAUGGCAAAGCAAGUACUUCAAGGGUCUGGGGACCAGCUCCAACGAAGACGCCCAGGUGUACUUUACAAAUCUCGAUGAGCACUUGAAGGAGUUUCAGGUAAUGAAGCCGGAUGAGGCCGACCUUUUCGAGCUGGCCUUUUCCAAGAAAAAGGCCGAUGCCAGAAAGGAGUGGCUGGGGAACUUUGUGCCAGGCACCUUCCUCGACCAUUCCACCAAAGCAAUCACGUAUAGCGACUUUGUCAACAAGGAACUCAUCUUGUUCAGCAUGGCUGACAAUAUGCGAUCAAUUCCCUCCGUCGUCGAUGGAUUGAAGCCCGGUCAGCGUAAGGUUAUGUACGCUUGUUUCAAGCGAAACUUGGUCAAGGACAAGAAGGUUGUGGAGCUGGCGGGCUACGUUUCGGAACAGACUGCGUACCACCACGGCGAGGCUUCGCUGCAGCAGACCAUCAUCGGUCUGGCACAGAACUUUGUCGGGUCCAACAACAUCAACUGCCUUGAACCAAGCGGCAAUUUCGGUUCACGUCUUGCCGGAGGUUCCGAUGCUGCCAGCCCCCGUUACACGUUCACGCGCCUCUCGCCGUUUGCGAGGAAAAUCUUCUCCGCGCUGGACGAGCCAAGCCUGAAGUACCAGUACGAAGACGGAGAACGCCUCGAGCCUGAUGUGUACGCUCCCGUCAUCCCCAUGGUGCUUGUCAAUGGCGCCGAUGGUAUCGGUACGGGAUGGAGCACGUCCAUUCCAAACUACCACCCGGUCGACAUCGUCAAGAACUUGAGACGCCGCAUGGGCCGUCUCGAUGACAACGAUUCCGAAGAAAAGCCAUUCGAGCCCAUGAUGCCCUGGUUCCGGGGUUGGAAAGGCAACCCAGAGGCCGCCGGCCCGGACCGCUUCAAGUUCAACGGUCUCGCUCAGCAGAAUGAGCAGAACCCCAACGAGGUCUUGAUCACUGAACUGCCGAUUCGCAUGUGGACCGAUGACUUCAAAGCAAGACUCGAGAAGAUCAUCAGUGGCGUCGACGGCGCGAGCUGGAUCAAGGACUACAAGGAGUUUAACGACCACAAAACUGUGCACUUUGAGAUCAUGGUGGAUGAAAAGUACAUGGGCAAGGUGCUGGAGGAGGGACUGCUUGAGCGUUUCAAGCUCACCAAGCAGGUAGCAACCUCCAACCUGGUGGCCUUUGAUACUCGCGGCCAGAUUCGCAAGUACGAAAAGGUGGAAGAAAUCAUGGAAGAAUACUACCAUUAUCGGUUUGCCAUGUACACGGAACGAAAGAAACAUUGGCUCAGUGUUUAUCACACCGACUACCGAAGGCUCAAGAACCAAGCGCGCUUCAUCCAAGAAAUCAUUGACGGAGUCUUGGUAGUGAGCAAGAAGAGAAAGGAUGUCCUGGUUCAAGAGCUUCGGGACCGCAAGUACGAGGCGUUCCCUCGCGGGCAAGUCGCCAAGAAGAAGAACGCGGAAGACGACAUGGACGGCUCGGACAAUGAGGACAAGGAUGACGUUGGUGAGGGCGGCGCUCGUGACUACGACUACCUACUCGGGAUGCCCAUCUGGUCCCUGACUGCCGAACGCCUCGAAAAGCUCAAGGCCGCCAUUGCCAACAAGAAGGCCGAGAAUGACGAGCUGUCGGCCAAGAGCGAAAAGGACCUGUGGUGCGCUGAUCUGGAUGGGUUCUCGGUUGAAUGGGACAACCAACUUGCCCUCGACGCGGAAAUUCAGACGAGCAUCCGCCGGAUGGGGCGACGCGUGUCCAAGAAGAUCGGCGCCGGCCGCGCGCGCAAGCCCAAAGGAGAUGACGACUACGCGCCGGAAAAGAAGGGCAAGGGCAAGACAAAAGCCCCGGCCAAGGCGGAGACAAAGAGCUCGCAGAGAUUUGCUGAAAUGUUCAGUGCCAAGCCGAAGGUGAAGAAGGAAGCGACGCAGGAAGCCGUGGAGUUGUCUGACAACUUCUCGGACGACGACUUUGCGGCCCUCGGCAGAGGCAAGCCCACAGGCGCCAAGAAGUCUCAGCCUCGAUCAGCCUCGCAGUCUCAAUCACAGCCUCCAUCGCAAUCGGAGGAGCCAGAGGUCGGGCGCACCAAGCGGGCGGCCGCGUCAAAGGCCAAGACACUAUUUGAGGUAUCCUCGGACAUGGACGACGACGAGAUGCUAGGAGACAUCGGAGCCAUGGUCAAGGGCAUAUCCAAGCCGACAGGAGAGCCUGACGGGAGGCUCAGUCUCUAUGCCAUGAACCGGCCCGAAUCUAGCCAUGGCAACGGUGGCGCCGCAGCGUUGCCGAAGCUGAAGACGAAGGCAUCCAGGUCGUUUGACGUGGACAGCCCUGACGACACCAACUAUGAACUGCUGGCCAAGUCGUCGCCACACAAGACGGCAACAAAGGAGGACGUGGCCGACAGCUUCCUGUCCGACGAUGACCCCAUUGCGCCGUCCAAGGCACCGGCGGCAAAGCCAUCGUCAUCCAGAGCCGCGGCGUCCAAGGCAGACACAGGCCUGGUUCCAGUCAAGAAAGCUCGAGCCGGGCGUCCGGCCGGACCAAAGACCAAGGCAUAUGCGGUCAAGAGGGGGGUGAAGAAGAGCGUCUUGGACUUGGAAGACGACUCGGACGAUGACAUGGCGGAUGCGCCGUCUCCCGAGCCGAAGCCUGCAGCACGAGGCAGGCCAGGAAGGGCGGCGGCUUCGAGGCGGCGGGUGGUGAUCGACGACGACUCGUCUCUCAUGCUGGAAGAAGCCGACGACGACAGCGACGACCCAUUCGAGGUUGACGACGACGAUGACUAG